CAUUCUGUCCCCCCUGGAUAUUUAAAUGCUUUUGUCCAAAUAUUGGGGUAGUAUCUAAAUAUAUCUUGCCCUUUAAAUCCGGCAGUGUGUGGGUCUUGUGACGUUGCUAUCACGCCGCAGCUGAAAGUAAUGAAGAAUAAAUUGGGUUUAUUCCUCUAGUCUGAAAGGAACAAGAGCAAACCUCUCUCAAAUCACGUCUUUUGGACUUUACACAGCCCGGUAGCGUGUAGAUUUAAUGGAUGUGUCUCCGCACGCUUAUAGUUACACUCUGACGCAUGCGCAAAGCGACAAAAUCGUGUUUUUUGUGCCUCUGAUUUGAGAGCAUCCGUGCGCAUCUCUGUUUCUGUGUUAAGUCAUGGACGUGAUCCUGUCCACCCCGACGGUAAGCCGCGCGUCCACUGUGCGCUCGUCCAGGCGUAGCGGCGCGUCUCCAUCAACCGUCAGCCCGACGCGUCUCAGCCGCAUGCAGGAGAAGGAGGACCUGCGCCACCUCAACGACCGCCUGGCCAACUACAUCGAGCGGGUCCGGCAGCUGGAGAAUGACAAGUCGUCCAUGCAGGUUCUCCUGCAGGAGAAGGAGGAGACCGCGGUCAGGGAGGUGGCCAAUGUGCGGCGCGCCUAUGAGACGGAGCUGGUGGACGCGCGGAAAACUCUGGAUUCAGUCGCGAGCGAGAGGGCCAGACUACAGAUUGAACUGAGUCAACUGCAAGAGACACAUAAGAAGUUGACAGCCAGGAAUAGUAAGAAAGAGUGUGAACUGAACACAGCUGUUGGACACUGGCGAAAUCUUGAAGCCACCCUGAACUCUAAAGAAGCAGAUUAUGCAAAUGUACUGUCCACCAACCGCAGACUGGAGAAUGACAUUUCCGACCUAAGGACACAAGUGGCUAACCUGGAGUCCGCCCUGCAGAGCGGCAAUACCCAACUGCACUCUGAGAUGCUUCGUCGAGUGGAUGCCGAAAAUCAAUUUCAAACACUAAAGGAGCAGUUGGAUUUCCAGAAACAUCUAAGUGAACAGGAGGCGCUUGAGAUGCGGAGCCGUCAUGAGAGCAGACUAAUGGAGCUGGACAGCGGCAGGCAGAAGGAGUUUGAGGGUAAACUGGCUGAAGCCAUGAAGCAACUCCGACAGGAACAGGAAGUUCAAAUCCAUCAGUACAAAGAAGAGCUGGAGAAGACCUUCGUUGCUAAGUUGGAGAAUGCAAAGCAAGCGGCGGUGAAGAACAGCGAUUUCGCGUCCUCAACGAGAGAAGAGCUUGCAGGCACCAAACUCCGUCUGGAAUCUCAGUCGGUGCAAAUCAACAACCUACAGAAACGGAACUCGGUGUUGGAGGUGCGUGUUCAGGAGCUGGAGCAGAUUCUGGACCGCGAGAGACAGCUUAAUCAACACAGACUCUCUCAGAAGGAUCAGGAGAUGUCAGAAAUGAGACAGCAGAUGCAGGAGCAGCUGGAGGAGUACCAGAAUCUUCUGGAUGUGAAGCUCAUGCUGGAUAUGGAGAUAAACGCUUAUCGUAAGAUGCUGGAGGGUGAAGAGAAGAGACUGAAUCUUUCACCCAGUCCGUUCCAGCAGUCAACCAUCUCUCGCACUCGCGCACAACCCGGGAGAAAGAAACGCAAACGCGAAGGCUCGAGUUCCGGUCUCUCGCCCAGCAGCAGGUACUCCCAACGUUCCUUCACUCGUGGAAGUGUGUCCAUUGAAGAGAUCGACAUAGAAGGGAAGUACAUCAAACUCCUGAAUAAAUCUGACAAGGAUCAGCCAAUAGGGGGGUGGGUGUUGCGAAAGAGUCAUCAAGAGGCCCCUGAUAUAGUCUUCAAGAUCCCCUCCCCUUGUGUGCUGGCUGCUGGACAAACGCUGACGAUUUGGGCCACAGGUGCGGGAGUGCAACAGAACUCUACAGGUGAAUUGGUAAUGAGGAGCCAUGAGACAUGGGGCCCGUUUGGUGAAGACCGAGUGUGUCUGCUGAACACUCAGAACGAGGAAAUUGCAGAGUGCUGUCUGGUGUGUGUUCAGGAAACAGCUGAAGAAGACUCUGAGUUUGAUGAGAGUAUCAUGACCCCCGGUAUUCACCCACGACGACAGGGGCAUAAUCAGGACGCUAGCUGUGCAGUCAUGUAAGCGCCUCAUCGGCGUCACCCAGCUGUAUGCGCAUCAGUCACUCGAAAUCCAUCUAAUUAACACCUCUGCCAGCUAUAACUUAUGGUCUUUGAUAAAUGUACUCUCAAGG